AUGGCUUCCGGUGGUUUCACAGCUCCUUUACCUUCGGUAUUUACAGGAGAAAACUAUGGUUUCUGGGCUGUAAAGAUGAAAACAUAUCUGAGAGCCUACGAUCUAUGGGAAAUCACAGAAAACGGAACUGAACCUCCACCACUUAGAGCAAAUCCCACUAUUGCACAGCUGAAGCAACAUAGUGAGAAGGUUGCUAAGAAGUUUAAGGCUCUUUCUUGCAUUCAAUCUGCUGUCUCAGAUGCAAUAUUCACUAGGAUCAUAACCUGUGAAAUUGCAAAAGAAGCUUGGGAUAGAUUAAGGGAAGAAUUUUGGGGCAAUGAAAGGACAAGACAGAUGCAAGUAUUGAAUCCGAGAAGGGAGUUUGAAACUCUAAAAAUGAAGGAAUCAGAAACAGUCAAAGAUUUUUCUGAUAGGCUGAUGAAGAUAGUGAAUCAAAUUAGGUUACUCGGUGAUGAUUUGCCAGAUAAAAGAGUAGUAGAGAAGGUCUUGAUCAGCUUACCUGAGAAGCUUGAAGCCAAGAUCUUCUCACUUGAAGAUUCCAGGGAUCUAUCCAUUAUAUCCUUGUCUGAACUUGUCAAUGCUCUUCAAGCCACAGAGCAGAGGAGAUUGAUCAGACAGGAAGAGCAGGUUGAGGGAGCUUUAUUUGUUAAAGGAAAAUACAAAGCUCGAACAAGCUAUAGUGUGAAGAAACCAUCCAAUGAAAAGAAGGGAGUUGAGAGCAACAUAAAUGUUGGUGAAGGGAUGAAACAUCCACCAUGUCCUCAUUGCAAAAAUACAGGACAUUCACCUAAAUGGUAUUGGUUCAGGCCAGGAGUGCAAUGUAGAGCUUGCAAACAAUUUGGACACAUUGAAAAAGUGUGUAAAAGCAAGAAUGAGAAGCAGGAUCUACAGCAAGCACUGGUUGCUGAGAAUCAUGAGCAUCAAUAA